GAAAAAUAUUUGUGCGAAUCAAAAUAAACUUUAAAUUUCAAUUUAAAACACAAUUAAUAAGUAAAACGAAGAUGACUGACCUAUUAGAACAACAAGCUGAAGAAUUAGAAGCAUUAGCAUCAAUUUAUGAAGGCGAUAACUUCUUUAAACAGUUAAACAACACAACUUUUCAAUAUAAAUACGGAGAUGAGAAUGAUAAAUAUACGUUUAAUGUUGAGGUGACAUGGACUGAAGAGUAUCCAAAUGUGCUACCAAAAAUUUCUCUAGACACUUAUUACAAUAGAACCAUAUCUGCUGCAUUCAAAACCAAAAUCAUCGAUAUUCUCAAUGCAGAAGGUGAAAGCUGGCUAGGAUGUGGAAUGACUUAUACGCUGUUCGAAUGUCUCAAGGAAAAACUCACAGAACUAUUUGCGGAACUAGAAGAAGAGUCACAGAAUCAAAAAGUAGAUAAUGUUGCUGAUAAUAUGGCAGCAAUUCAACUUAAAUCAAGUGCUGAACCACAAGGUAAGGCACAAGUUAACAAAAAAGAACAGUUAACGAAGGCACAAAAGAAAAAGUUGUGGGAAAGGUCAGACAAUAAAGGAAAUAAAGUACGAGGAUGGGAUUGGGUGGAUAUUAUUAGACAUUUAUCUCAAACUGGAGGUAAAGAUGAUGUUCCUCCCACAUCAGUAUAGCAUACCGUUAUAUCUAAUCAAUGAAAUUAAGAAUCCAUCUGUUCUUGAAUCAUUUAGAUAAAUGCUAAUUAGAAUCAUUCAUAUGCAGCCAACUCAAUCAAUUCAGUAGUAAAAAUUUCAAAAACGAAAAAAACAUUUAAUUUUGUCGACGAAUUAUAAUAACUUUGCCUAAUUAAUUAAAUUGGGAACAUAAAAAUGCUAAUUAUAUGGAAAACUUCCGUAUCUGAAACAAAUAUAUUCGCAAAAAUAGUUUUAAAAACAUUUGAAAAUACAUAAACGAAGAUGAAGAAGUUGAUUGGAAACUGUUAACGAAAGCAUGUAGAAUUAGU